CACUGCGACUGUUGAUGAUCAGUAAACUAACCUAUCUGUGCAGGUAACCUCAAAAAGCGUUUUAAAUCGACUCGUAUAUAGAUUUUCUAUGUUCGUAUAUAUCUGGAAAACAAUUCCAAAAUGCCUAUUAAAAAUAACGAUAAAGAGCAACCAAUGGAAAUUACAUUUACUGAUGAAGAUUUACCCUAUGAAGAGGAAAUAUUAAGGAACCCAUAUUCUGUAAAACAUUGGCUUAGGUACAUAGACCACAAAAAGAAAGCCCCAAAGCAUGGAGUUAACAUUAUUUAUGAGCGAGCAUUGAAGGAGUUACCAGGUUCAUAUAAGUUAUGGUAUAACUACUUGAAAACUAGAAGAAGACAAGUUAAACAAAGGUGUAUAACAGAUCCUCUUUAUGAAGAAGUAAACAACGCAUUUGAGAGGUCUUUAGUGUUUAUGCAUAAAAUGCCUAGGAUUUGGAUGGAUUAUUGUACAUUUUUGACUGACCAGUGUAAAAUUACAAGGACUAGAAAAGUGUUUGAUCGUGCUUUAAGGGCUCUACCUGUUACACAACAUCAUAGAAUCUGGCCCUUAUAUUUAGGAUUUGUGAAGAAACAUGACAUUCCUGAGACUGCUGUGCGAGUAUUUAGAAGAUAUUUGAAGCUUGCUCCUGAAAAUGCAGAGGAAUAUGUUGAUUAUUUAACUGAAAUUGGAAGGCUGGAUGAAUGCUCAUUAGUGCUAGCAAAAAUAGUGAAUGAUGAGAAUUUUAUCUCACAACGUGGGAAGUCCAAACAUCAACUGUGGAAUGAGCUUUGUGAAUUAAUUUCUAAAAAUCCAGGGGAAGUUCGAUCACUUAAUGUGGAUGCCAUUAUUAGAGGUGGACUAAGAAGGUAUACAGACCAACUAGGACAUUUAUGGAAUUCAUUGGCCAACUAUUAUGUACGUAGUGGAUUGUUUGAUAGAGCCAGAGACAUUUAUGAAGAAGCUAUACAAACUGUGACAACUGUUAGAGAUUUUACCCAGGUAUUUGAUGCUUAUGCACAAUUUGAAGAGUUGAGUCUGAGUAAAAGAAUGGAAGAAGUCGCAAAAUUAUCUAACCCCACUGAAGAUGAUGAUAUUGACUUGGAACUUAGGUUGGCUCACUUUGAAUAUUUAAUGGAAAGGCGUCUGCUCUUAUUAAAUUCCGUUUUACUUAGACAAAAUCCUCACAAUGUUCAGGAAUGGCAUAAAAGAGUUCAACUGUAUGAAGGAAAGCCUCAUGAAAUAAUCAACACAUACACUGAAGCAGUACAAACAGUAGAUCCUAAAUUAGCAGUGGGAAAACUUCACACAUUGUGGGUAGAAUUUGCUAAAUUUUAUGAAAGUAAUGGUCAGGUGGAUGAUGCAAGACUAAUUUUUGAAAAAGCAACUCUUGUUCCAUAUGUAAAAGUAGAUGAUCUUGCUAAUGUGUGGUGUGAGUGGGCGGAAAUGGAGAUCCGCAACGAGAACUAUGAUGAUGCUCUGAAACUAAUGCACAAAGCAACUGUGAUGCCAUCUAGAAAAGUCGCCUAUCACGAUGAUACUGAAACUGUUCAAGCCAGACUUUAUAAAUCUUUAAAAGUUUGGUCAAUGUAUGCUGAUUUGGAGGAAAGUUUCGGCACAUUUAAAUCUUGCAAAGCUGUCUAUGACAGAAUUAUAGAUUUGAAAAUUGCAACGCCACAAAUUAUAAUUAAUUAUGGUGUAUUUUUGGAAGAAAACAACUAUUUUGAAGAAGCUUUCAGAGCUUAUGAGAAGGGUAUAUCCUUAUUCAAGUGGCCAAACGUUUAUGAUAUAUGGAAUACAUACUUAACAAAAUUUUUAAAGCGUUACGGCGGUACGAAAUUAGAAAGAGCACGUGAUUUAUUCGAACAAUGUCUAGAAAACUGCCCGCCUCAGUUUGCCAAGACCUUAUAUUUGCUCUAUGCGAAAUUAGAGGAGGAGCAUGGUAUGGCCAGGCAUGCCAUGUCUGUAUAUGAAAGGUCUACCAAUGCUGUUCUUCCAGAAGAAAUGUUUGAAGUAUUUAACAUUUAUAUCAAACGAGCUGCCGAAAUAUACGGUCUCCCUAAAACAAGACAGAUUUAUGAAAAGGCAAUUGAAGUUCUACCUGAAGAUAAAACAAGAGAUAUGUGCAUCCGUUUUGCUGAUAUGGAGACGAAAUUAGGAGAAAUUGAUCGGGCUAGAGGCAUUUAUGCGCAUUGUAGCCAAAUAUGUGAUCCCAGAGUGACCACUGACUUCUGGCAGAUCUGGAAAGAGUUUGAAGUAAGACAUGGCAAUGAAGAUACCAUGAGGGAGAUGUUGAGGAUCAAGAGAAGUGUUCAAGCCAUGUACAACACCCAAGUUAACAUGAUGUCUGCACAGAUGUUAAGUUCUGCUACAAGCAUGUCGGGGACCGUGGCGGAUUUGGCGCCGGGUGUUAAGGAUGGUAUGCGUCUUUUAGAAGCCAAAGCAGUAGAAAUGUCUGGGUCUGCAGGUGGUUCAAGACCAGGAAACAUCAUGUUUGUUCGGGGAGAAACGCAAGGCGCAAACAAGGACAAGGUGGUCAAUUCUGAAGAAAUUGAUAUUGAUGAUGAUGAUGAUGAUGAAGAAGAAGUUGAAGAAGAGGUGCCUGUAGAAAAGCAAAAUAUCCCCUCAGAGGUGUUUGGUAGUCUUAAGAAUAAUGAACAAAAUGAUGAAUGAUUGAUUGAAUUUGGUAUACAUUAAGUCUAUUUCGUUUCAUUUAUUUUUUUAUUUAAGUAAUUUUGUUAAGUAUGUAAUUCAUCAAGUGUAUGUAUUUCAUAUCAUUGCUUUAUAUUUAUAUUGUAAAGUAAAUUUAUUUUUAAUAUAUUUUAGAAAAUGGUU